UAUGAUUUGGUAUUGUUUACCAUUUGUGAAAAUGGGAGCUUUUUGGUUAGUUUCUAUAGUGAACUUGAUGAUGGUCCUGUUAGUUCAGGGACAGGGAGGUUUGCAGAAUGGAUUUUAUUCUUCUUCAUGUCCAAAGGCUGAGGCAACAGUAAGGUCUACAGUUGAAUCACACUUCAAUAAAGAUCCUACAAUUGCUGCUGUGCUCAGGCUUCAUUUCCAUGACUGCUUUGUACAGGGCUGUGACGGUUCGGUGUUGAUCUCUGGCUCUUCUGCUGAGAGAAGUGCGUUGCCAAACCUUGGUCUAAGAGGAUUUGAUGUAAUUGAUGAUGCAAAAGCACAGCUAGAAGCUCUAUGCCCCGGAGUGGUCUCAUGUGCUGAUAUACUAGCGCUGGCAGCUCGUGAUGCUGUUGACUUGAGUGAUGGUCCAAGUUGGACAGUACGAACCGGAAGAAGAGAUGGCAGGGUGUCUUCAUCAUCUCAAACCUCAAGUUUACCUUCUCCACUUGAGUCCAUCGCUGCUCAAAGGCAAAAAUUUGCUGCCAAAGGCCUCGACGAUCGUGAUCUUGUAACUUUAGUUGGGGCACAUACAAUCGGCCAAACGGAUUGCUUAUUCUUCAAAUACCGCCUAUACAACUUCACAACUACUGGAAGUGCAGACCCGACCAAACCAUCUUUCUUAGCUCAACUUCAAACUCUUUGUCCCAAAAAUGGUGAUGGCUCGAAAAGGGUUGCAUUAGAUAUAGAUAGCCAGACUAAAUUUGAUGUGAGCUUCUUCAAAAAUGUACGUGAUGGUAAAGGAGUCUUGGAAUCAGAUCAGAGGCUUUGGGGGGAUGCUGCUACACGUAGCAUAGUAGACAACUAUGCUGGGAACAUAAGAGGAUUGUUGGGGUUAAGGUUUGAUUUUGAGUUUCGGAAAGCAAUGAUCAAGAUGAGCAGCAUUGAGGUCAAAACUGGUUCAGAAGGAGAGAUUAGGAAGAUAUGUUCUAAGAUUAACUGAUUGCCGAUAGAAAGCGUAACAGCAACAGAAUCGUCAUGAAUCAAUCUAUAUAAAAUUAAGCAAAAAAAUUAUAAAGA